AUGCCAGGAAUUGCAAUAUUUCACGCAAUAGACAAUGGAACAGAAACCCCAAGGAUAUACACUAACAUAUCUGAAUUGAAAAUAGGAUUUUGGAAUAUCAAUGGCCUAUCGAGCAUACUAGAUGAUGAAAAUAGUAGAAAUAGGGAGACUAUACCAAAAGGUCGAAACAACCCUGAUAAGGUUAUUAAUACAUUUGGUAGGAGUCUCAUUGAUAUAUCACAAUCUUCUGACAUGUGCCUAUUAAACGGUAGAACAUUAGGUGAUUUAUUAGGAACUCCCACCUGCUUCAGACCACAUGGUUGUAGUUUGGUGGACUACAUAAUUGUUCAACAUUCUGUUUUCAAUCAAAUUCUGUCCUUUAAUGUAAUGCCUAUCUCUGACCUAUCAGACCACAGACUAAUAUUCUGCGAACUAAAUAUACCUAACUAUUUUAAGAAACCAGAAAAAAGGUUAACAUCUUGCGUCAAGGGUCAAAUAAAGACAACAAAUAAAUCUCUUAACACUCGAUUUAUUUGGACACCCCUCUCAAGCGAACUAUACCAAUUCUGCCUAAAUCAAACUGAGUUAAAGAAAAUGACAAACAGUUUUAUGACUACCGAUUUUGAUUACUCCGUAGGGGGUGUAACGAAGGAUGACAUUCUACUAAAUGCUGCAAAAUCAAGUCUAAGAAUGAGUAAAAACACAUGUCAUGGGAAGAAGAAAAAUCGCUGGUUCGAUAAAGACUGCAAGCGACUAUAUCGAAAAGUAAACAAGGCAAAAUGGCUUUUGAACAAAGAUCCUCAAAACAAAACCCUAUUAAAACAUUACGCUUUGAGGAAAAAAGAAUACAAAAAAAUAUCCAAAUUUAAAUCAAGAGAGGCAAAACGUAAACUUUUGGAACAGAUUGACGAAUUAGAAAGUAAUAAUCCACGAGAAUAUUGGAAGUUAGUCAAUAGACUUGUAAAUAACAAAAAUGAUGAGGAUCCAGGCAAUAUUUCACUAAGUCAAUGGGAAGAUCAUUAUAAUAAGUUGUUUAACCCUAAUCUCAUUUCUGAUCCACUAACUAAAACCAAAAUAGACCGUUCGAUAGAAAUACAUGACUACACCCCAAAAAGCCAACUGAAUCAAGAAAUAAAUAGACCAAUUUCUACUACAGAACUCCGUUCAGCUAUUAAAAAGUUAAAAAACAACAAAUCAAGCGGACCUGAUUUAAUAAUUAAUGAAAUGAUAAAGACUUCCUUCAACAUCCUUCAAGAUCACUUAAAACUAUUUAAGCAUAUACUUUCUUCUGGACACAUACCUGACGGUUGGAACGAGUCGUUCAUUCUUCCUAUCCAUAAAACGGGUGAUAAAAGUGACCCCAAUAACUAG